AUGGCCAUCUCCGAGAGCAUCAUCCACAGGGACUCCGAGGUCAUGGCUGUGUCAACGAACUUGGGUCCUCCUCGGCUGGACCUCUCCCUCACCAGAGGUCGCCGGGGAACUUUCAGCAGCUUCGGCAGCGACGGCGAACGAGGUUUCUCUCCGCGCCCAGCCAGAUCAUCAAACGACCUCUUUGCGCAAGCCCUCAGCCGGAUCGACACCGCGGACUCCGAUUCCGAAUGGGGCGCCGUCCGCGCUCGCGCCAGGGAAAACAAUGACAGACAGGGUUUGGGCGAACUCAUUGAAUUCUUCCGGACCAACUCACCCCCACCGCAGCGCUCCGAACAACGAUCCGUCUUCGAGCACGACGAGCCCCAGGACGAAGAGGAGGAACCCGAGAGGUGGAGGCUAUUCAAAAAGCUGCGCCGCCCGCGCACCCGCGCCAGGUCGGAGUCGCCUGCCCGUCGGCCACGGACCGCGGGACUGCCCAACUCUGCCGUCGCGUCCAAGACGGCAAGCGGAAACUCGCAUAUCGCAAUCUCUAUUCCAUUGGAGUACUGCCACGUAGGACCGGACUCUGACUGGGCGCUCGCCAUCUUCAAUGCCACCCCGCCGCUCCCCCCUACUCCUGCCCGGGGCAGCGAGGAUACCCUCAACGGACAGGUCAGGCCUUACGCCAGUGAGCGCACCGUGACCGUUCUCAAGACCGUCAGCGAAAAGGGAUCUCUGUCGACACUCGACACGAUGAACACCAUGAGCACGAAGUCGCAACGUUGCAAGGGGGUCAAGGGCAAUGUGUCCAUCUGGCCCAAAGUCAACCCCAAUCCCCUGAGCCCGCCCAGGACACCUUAUUCAACGCCGCCAGGAAGCUUGCGCGGAAAACCGAGUGUUUCCAAGCCAAAGCGCGAGCGGUUGCCGUUACCCCCACCGCAGUACGCAGAGCUCCCGGCAUCACCUGUGGUGAUGCCCCAGACACCCAGCGAGAACAUUGACAGAGAGUGCUGGAUCUCGGAGAGCCUUUCGCAGCCUGCGAGCCCACAUCACCAAAAGCCAAAGAGUAAGUCUUCAAGGAGACCGCAGAACAUCGUCCUGCCGCCUCGACGGUCGAGUAUCAAGAUUGUGCGGCCCAAGACAGACACCGCGAGAGACAAGCCUUCCAUUGAUGGCUUAAUUGGCGGAGGCACAAAGCGUCAGAGUGUCGCUUUUGAUGGGCCGCAGCUCAGUCCAGGAUACUCAGAAGUACCGUCUCUGAGUCCGAGCAUUGCGACGACGGAGUUAUCUGAACCCGUCAUCUCAAGAGCCCGGCCCGCAAGGGCCUACUCGACCGCGUCGGUCGUACUCCAAGAUUCAGAGUCAAUGACGCCAAGACAGUCGUUCACCAUCCGACCAGGGAGUAGCGACACCAACCAAACCACCCUGGUGAAUGGUUCUAUAGCCUCUCGUAAUCCGUCAACGAGGACCGCCGCCUCCAGACAGAGUCGCAGGGACCGCGUCAAGUCUCUGAAGCACAGAGACAUGGAGGCCCUCAGGGCGCUGAAGCAGCUGCAGCAGGAGGAUGACGGCGAAAUCACGCCGAGGCCGCAGACAACUGAGACGGUGAUUAGCAACCUUCGCCUCCCUUCUCGGGAUGGCACGUUUGGAAGGAACUUCCGUGGCAUGGAGACAAAGCUCUCUGCGACAAAUUUGGCCAACAUGGCUAAGAAGGAACAGACGUCGUCAACCACCGACUCGAACGGCAAGAUCUCCGACUGGCAGGCCACCCAGCAAGCAGAAACGCCAGGCUGGGAGACGGCGCAGGAGGAGCUGACGCCCGGAUGGGAAACCGCCCGUGAAGAGACACCAACGCCGGACUGGCUGAGCACAAGCCUCCUCAACGACACUAUGGCCGCUGCGGAUUCCGCAGCGAGCAACUUCGACAACAGCCUCUUCAGAGACAGCACCGUAGGCCAAGCUGUCGAAGACGGCUCCUCUCCCCUUCGCCCAGCCAGGAUGUCUCGCGCCGACUCGGCAACCCUCUCCCAGGUCGACUCGGCCCGUCUGACCUCUCCGCCCCUGAGCAUAGUCGACGCCGAAGUAGACCUUCCGAGAUCAUCUACAGAGCAAUUCAUCGCCGGCAGCAUCGCGGCGUUUCCAAAGCCUGGCUCGGGGCCAAGGCUCAGUGCAAUCAUGCCCGUGGCCGAAGUCGUGCCCACAGGUCCCAUGGACGAGAGGUGGUCAGCUUCAACCCUCAACUCCCCAAUUACAGUAGUCGAAGUCUCACAUCCCACUUUCCCAAGCAGCCAGACCACCGUCGCGGCCCAACCUUCCAGCUCGACCCAGCUCGCCCGCCCGCAUACCGCAGGGAACACGAACCCAGAGCUCUUCAAUACCGCCCGCGGCUCCGCAGACCUGCAACGACGACGCCAGCCAGCAGCCGACGAAGGCGACGCAGCUGAGACCGCCACCCUCCGUCCGAAGAGCCGCGCCCGCGCCGAGAUCGAGGAAGCACCUUUCGACCUUCUCUCCAUGUCCGCCAGAGAGCUCCGCAACCACUACGCCUCCCUCCGCAGUGCGCGGGUCAACGACCUCGCACACGAGAUGCUCCUGAACCAGGAACGUCUCGAGAUGCGCAUGCAUCAGCAGGAACAGAACCAGAUGCUCUUCAUCGACCGUCUGGAGCGCUGCAUGCACGAACUCAGGAGCCUCCCAGGCUCCCCCUUUCUCACAUCCCUACCCCUGGACUGGCCGCUCGACGACGACCACGACUUUGUCUACGAGGAGCACCGCAUCAGCCGGGACGCCCGGCAAGAAAUCCGCGUGCGCAGGACCGGGCGGAUGCAAAGUAGGUCGUCACAUCAUCAGCAGCACCAGUCCGAGUCCCAGCCGCGUCGGAGGCUUGCGGACACCCGAGACGACUUUCUGGAUUUUGACGGCGCCUUCACUGACAACCACGACCGCGAUCGCAGACCGCGCCGGCCGUCAACUUCACACAACGCCUCGUCCCGUCGGUCAGGGGCCCCUCGAGCCCGUCGCCACGGUGCCCCCGUCCUCCCUCCCCUCAUCACCCGCGGCGGCUUGGACUCUCUGGACCCUCUCAUCAGGGAGCUUCAGUUUGCCGCGCGCGUGAGCCAGGAGACGAACCGGACAGAGCGCAUCCGGACACCGCAGCCCGGUGGUCCGAAUGAGUACUACUACAACAUGAUUUAA